AUGGCCGACCAGCUCACCCAGAUACCCGCCUUGGUUACACCUACACUUCAGCGUCACAACAAGAGACGCCGCUCUACAUCGAUUGCGCCAGAGCAAGCUGUUUUCCUUCCUGGCGCCGGCCCAUCGAACGAUGAAAACGAUCCGACAACCACUCCACACGGACAGCGCCACCCCGACGACACCACUAUACAUAAGCGCACAAGGAAAGCCCAUGGGUCCAAGCGCCGACGUAUUGCUGGCGACUUCAAUCCCGUCCACGGCCCUGGUUCCCCCCGUUCAUCCGACUUGAAAGAGGUGCGAUCACAGAUUGCGCCGACUGCAAACCCAUCAAGCAUUGAUCCCGUCUCAGGCGGAGAUCAUCCCAACAAAGACGUCACCGCCCUCCCCGUCGACUAUAUACCAUCUCAAUCCAAGCCCAUGACCAAUACCAUAAAGCAGACAUCAGGUCGAGACAGUAAGAAGAAGAUCAAAGUCUGGGAAGACGAGCCGCAGCCGUCUAAGCCCAAAGACCCAACACCCGCCGCGGCAAAGUUGCUGCAAGAUAUUACUAAUACCGGAGCUCAACGCAGAUGUCGCCGCGUAGAGGGGUAUACGCCGCAAUUCCGCGCGCAAGAGGCUGAUUACUAUUAUCAUCCCAAUCUCAAGGACUUCCACUUUCCACAGGACGUCGUCGCAUCCACUGAGAAGGCUGUCGAAGAAGCGGCUCAGAGUGAGCUUGACGCACCCAUUGCCGGAGCGACACAGAGUAUCAAGGAUGCUCAGCCAGAGGUUACAAAGUCAUUGAAGCGGAAAGCCGAUGGCGAUCUUCGAGAGCCUAGUGCAAAGAAGCUGAGGAAACUUAAUGGCCAACAGCCUUUGCCUUGGAUAGUCCAUGGCAAGAUCCGACAUGAUCCAGUCCAAGACUUUGAGUCUGAGUACUUUGCUAUAUCGACACCGUCGCUACCCUCAGAGCCUGCGGAAGAUGUGGUCAACACUGCAGAACCGGAUCAAUCCCAGCAAGAGAUACAUGCAGCGCUCGAGGCAGUUGAAGCUCAACAGUUGCCAACACCCAUCUCCGAGCCCGUAUCCAACGAGGUGUUGUCGCCUCCUAUAUACUACAAGCUGAAACCAUCCAACAUAGUCCAUGUACAGGGAAGCGAUGAGCCAGCCCUGGACAGAGUAGAAUCAGGAUCUCUAGAUUUGGAUGCUAUCUUGAUGGGAAUGACACAAAAUGAUGCAUUCCCCACCGUCGAGAAAGGUGCUCUUAAAGGAUUCGGUACCUACAAACCACCGACACCACAAGAAGAUGACAUCCCCGCCUGCAACAAAGCUGCAUUCGCUGGCUUUGGUACCUACAAAUCACCGCCACCACAAGACGAUGAAUUCCCUGCCGUCAAAGAAGACAUUUUUACAGGCUUCGGUACCUACAAACCACCGCCACCACAAGAUGAUGAAUUGCCCGCCGGCAAGAAACCUGUAUUCGAUGGAUCUGGUACCCACCAACCACCACCACAAACCGUUGCUGCUGCACCUCAGCCCGCUCCAAAGAUUGUGACCACAGUUCCCUCUCUGAUAGACAUGAACAAACAGGCCAUCAUCAAACCGGGCGUAGCCUACAGCGAAGGCUACGACCCAGGAAAUCCGCAGAACUUCAAGCACUACCUCGCUCAGUUCACCGAUCGACCUGCGGUUCCGCGACCACGAGAGCGCGAGUAUCGCCCAAUGCCAGAGAUAUUGGAAGUCGAGACUCUAAACCAGCGGUUAGACUGGGUAGUCCCGAAUGGGGCAGAAGCUCCCCAACUUUUCCGCGAUAUGCCAGCACCACCACCUCACAUCGACUCAGAGUUAGCUCGUUGUGUUCGCUUCGCCCAGUCCGACGCGCAAAGACGCGUCAACUGGCGAGCUCAUCCCACCCAUGUCGCCGAAAUCAUCCAGCGCACCAACUUCUACGGAAUGGAGUUGCUGGUCAGUCGGAGCGAGAUGCGCAUCUCCUCACCUCCAACGGCAGACGAGUUCGAGCUAGCCAUGGCGACUCGGCUUGCGCAUGUAUCCUUCGGCAUGGACACGAAGGACUACAUUGCGGCCGAUGUGCCGGCUAUCAUAGAGUACUUCAGCGAGAAUCUUCCAUCGGCGAUAAGCGUCUUUCCAACAGAAGAGGAAGACUGCUUCCGCGCCUUCACGGACUAUUAUCGCGUGAUGUUCGAAGAGAACUAUCCAUCACUGAAGGCUGUCGGCUUGCCAGAAUGGCAGGCUUUACUGGAUGCGGAGGAGGGCAAGCCCUCUCUCAAAGCACAAACUCUUCGAGGUAUUGUCCAGUCCAUCAAAGGACUGGAUUCACACUGCACUGGCGAUACAGGCAGGACAGAUAUCUUGAAAGAUCAGCUGUUUCACGAAAAGCCUGACACGGGAAGCGAGCAUCUGAAAAAUGCUCGUCUGGAACUUAGCCAGACCCUAGGCCUGAGUAGGGACAGCUUCGACGGAGACCUACAGUGGCCCGAUCAGCUGACCAACGCCGCUCUUCCGAACGUGACUCAGAGCGAAGAAGUGCAGCAUUACGAUGCAAACUCAGCUUCUUACUGGAACAAAGCGGAAGUCACAGGAGGAUAUGUCCAUUCUUUUGUACCCGAAGUAGAUGCAAGGGUUGAAGAUGUGCACGACGAUUACUAUGACCCAGAGGGCUGGUUUCGCCCCGAUCCGAAUGCGCUGAUGCCAUGGGAUUCUGGGCUGGAUGCCAUACCACAAGGCUUCAGCGCUGCUCCAUUAGACUAUGGUGCUAUAGGGGAAUACUUCAAUCCGUCGGCAUUCGGCGCGUUCAACGACGCUGAGCCGGAAACAUUGUUGUAA